AUGGCUGGGUUAAACAUCAAAUUAAUAUUCUUGCUGGGAUUCAUUUCCGUAGUAUUUAAUCAAUUCGUUGUCAAUGCAUCGCCCGUUGCGUAUAGGCGCGAUAAUAGUACAAGUCAAGAACCUGUCUCGACAGACUUGGUCAAUAACUUUAAAUUAUGGGUUCAAUUCGCCAGUGCUGCCUAUUGCAAUGUGACAAACUGGGAUUGUGGCAAGGCUUGCAGAGGAGACACGACUGGCACUCGCUUGAUUAAAUUCUUUAGCAAAUCCAAACCAAAUGACAACAACGGUUAUGUUGCAGUUAAUGACCAGUUUAAAUCUAUUAUCGUCGCCUACCGUGGCACAGCAGACAUCCAGUCAUUUAUCGAAGACAUCAAAUUUCUUGAGACGCCCUUCCCAGGUGUUCCGGGCGCCAAGGUACAUGCUGGAUUCUUGGCCGUGUACAACGAUACCAGGGAGGAAAUAACUCAAAUCGUAAAGGAUCAGGUGGCUCAGAAUCCUGGCUAUAAUGUCAUCAGCGUUGGUCACAGUCUUGGAGGAUCGCUGGCCCUUUUCCAGACUUUGGAUUUGCUUGACACCCCUGGAUUGUCGCCCGAUAAAUUGAUGACAUUCACAUUUGGACAACCGCGUACUGGAAACGACGCAUUUGCCCAGUAUGUCGAGUCUCUGCCGGUCAAAAUCUAUCGUCUUGUGAAUAAGAAUGACAUCAUUCCUCACCUUCCUCCUGAAUCAUUCGAGUAUGCUCACACCGCACCAGAGUUUUGGAUUGAUCCCACUGAUCAAAUGGUGGAAUGUCAACAACUUGGUGGUGAUAAUUGUUCUGCUUCGCAACCACCGCUAAAUUUGACUAUUCUUAGUCACGCGAAGUACUUUGACACUGCAUUCUUGUUAACAUGUCUUGUUAAGUAG